CCGGUCCGCGAUCGCCCAGUCCGCUGCGGGGCUCGCAGCCGCCCGACCAGCUCCUCUUCCUGGAAGGCGUCAUGAACGAGGACGACGAUCUGGUGGUGACGCAGAUCGACCAUGGGAGCGGUCCGAAUGGGCUCAGCAACUACUUGUACCCCAUCUACCUGCCCAUGGACCAGGAGUUCAAGACCAAGUAUGUGUUCUCCACCAAGCGCAAGCCCAAGAGCCUGCAGGAGAACGUGUACUUGUUCCUUGAGCACCCCGGCGGCUGGAUGUGCUUCAUCUACCACUUCAGCGUCUUUAUGGCCGUCGUCAUCUGCCUCAUCUUUAGUGUGUUGUCCACCAUCGAUCAGUAUCAAGCGUUCGCCAUUGAAACCCUCUUUUGGAUGGAGCUAGUGUUGGUCACGUUUUUUGGUGUGGAGUACUUUGUCCGACUCUGGUCUGCUGGGUGUCGCAGCAAGUAUCGCGGCAUCUUCGGCAGAAUUCGGUUCGCAAGAAAACCGAUAUCCAUCAUCGAUCUGAUUGUGGUGGUCGCCUCCAUUGUGGUGCUGUCGGCGGGCUCCAAUGGCCAGGUGUUCGCCACGUCGGCCAUCCGCGGCAUCCGCUUCCUGCAGAUCCUACGCAUGCUGCACGUGGACCGGCAGGGCGGCACCUGGCGACUGCUCGGCUCCGUCGUGUUCAUCCACCGGCAGGAGCUGAUUACUACACUAUACAUCGGCUUCCUAGGCCUCAUCUUCUCUUCUUACUUCAUGUUCCUGGCUGAGAAGGACGCCGUGGACAAGGACGGCAAGCCGUCCGACUUCCACAGCUACGCCGACGCGCUGUGGUGGGGUGUGAUCACCGUGACGACGAUAGGCUACGGCGACACGGUACCCAAGACUUGGCUGGGCAAGAUGGUGGCCUCCUGCUUUUCCGUAUUCGCAAUCAGCUUCUUCGCACUGCCAGCGGGUAUCCUGGGCUCCGGCUUUGCGCUGAAGGUGCAGCAGAAGCAGCGGCAGAAGCACUUCAACCGCCAGAUUCCUGCGGCCGCGCAGCUGAUCCAGUGCCUGUGGCGCUGCUACGCCGCCGAGCGCGAAUUCUUCGCCACCUGGCGGAUCCACCUGAAGGAGAACCCGGCCGGCACCGUGUCCGCCCUGGGAAAAGUCAACGCCCUGGUGGCUAAGAAAGCCAGCGUGCUGAAGCGGAGGAAGUCGCGCACCAACAUCGAGAAGGGCUGCCUGGAGACGGGGCGCCGCGACAGCGACAACGACGUCGUUUUCUACGACGAGGAGGCGCGGCAAGCGGGCACGCCCAGCAAGUGUCGGCGCGAGGGUCGCAGUCCCGUGCUGCAAAGUCAGACCAGCUCCAACACCGAGGUCGCCUCCGACGAGGUCGACAUCGACAUCGAGGAGCCGCCCGGUCUCACCAGCCUCACAGACGCGCACAAGAACGCAAUCAGGGCCAUCAGGAAGAUCAAGUACUUCGUGGCGCGCCGCAAGUUUCAGCAGGCGCGAAAGCCGUACGAUGUGCGGGACGUCAUCGAGCAAUACAGUCAGGGCCACCUCAACAUGAUGGUGCGGAUCAAGGAGCUGCAGCGGCGGCUGGACCAGACCCUGGGCAAGCCCGGCAGCUACAUCUCCAGCCUGGACCGCAACGGCGGCCUCAAACCCAUGACCAUCGGCGCCCGGAUAUACCGAGUCGAACAGCAGUUGCUGAUGAUGGACAAGAAGCUGGAUCACCUGGUCACGACGCUGACGGUGAUCGCUCAAAGGCAGAACGUGCCGCCACGUGCCAUCGAGGAGAGCGUCUGAUGUCCACGUGGCCCACGCAUCGCCACAUGGCCUGCUCGUGGGCAGACGCCGGCGCUUGACGCCGCUUCGACCAUACUUUCCUUUCCUUUACUGACCGUGCGUUGCUGAAGGACUUCUGGUUCCUCGAGCCACACAUGAGAUGCAGUCUACUGGGCGGCCUGAGCUAUCGCUUGAUAGUCUUGACGUCACUUGAUAAUAAUAUUGUCUGUGUAGGUCCCGAAGUGGUCAUUUGUGGAUUUCCAAGGAUCACAUGCAACUCAUUUGCAUCAAUGCAUAUUCCUAGGUCAACAAUAGGUCAACAAAAAAUCGGGACCUUUUAGAGGCGACUGACGAGAUGCCGUCUAUAGGAGGUCCAGGUAGUAUAGCAACGGUGGGUGGCACCAUGAUCUCACUUUUCGUGUCACUGAGACAUCACAUUGUCUUUGGGAACUGGGGAUCUUUGGGGCCGUGACCUACCGAAUGCUAGUUCGGCAGUUACCACGCGUAGCAGCUGUCCUAGGCAUCUCACAACGCUGUCUUAUGCACAACGUUUUGAACCCGUACAUGGGACAACGGUAUGGAUCAGACAUUCAUUUGAUGCUUCUGGGAAUGAUUGAUGACGUGUGAGGAAGCACGAUGUAAAACGCCGUAAUAUCACGCAGUUCAAAGUAAUUUCUUAGAUUUGUCAAGUUGCAGACACACCGCGCCAUAACGGGAGAGCGCAGCGGUGAGGUUAUGGCGUAUCACAGAUUCAGACUCGUUGUCAUGAUCAAAACGGGGUUAAAAUAGAGAUCUCACAGCAAUUGAGGCCGUAGUUGUGAAGUGAAACGGGUAAAGAUGGCGUGCAAGGAGAUGUCACGAGGACUUCAGCGCGUCAAUCACAAUGACGCUGCUGCCUUGAAUACCAACCGCGCUCACUCAUCGGAAAUUGACAGAGAUGUGGGUCAUGCCCACGCCCCAUCGACCCAUCCCCAGACCACUCGGCUCAUCAGCGUUCACAAUGGACCCCUGUAGUUGGUAACUAGCGUCCAAGAAACCCAGCAGACUGCUGGCAGCGCAGCCCG